UCAUUUCACAUAUUUUACUAUUUAACACUCACGAAGACAUAAUAUAGGUAUAUAUAUAUUGGUUCAGUGGUGAAUCUCUUCUUCUUCGUUAAUUGAGAAUUGUUCUGUACCCAUUCGUGUACGCGGAAGAAUCAUGACUAGUUCCUCUGGUGCCGCUCGCAAGAAUCUCAGUAAGAUUGCCUGCAAUAGGCUCCAGAAAGAGCUCGUGGAGUGGCAGGUCAAUCCCCCAACUGGUUUCAAGCACAAAGUCACCGAUAAUCUCCAGAGGUGGGUUGUUGAAGUCACUGGAGCUCCUGGGACACUUUAUGCCAAUGAGACCUACCAGCUUCAGGUCGAUUUUCCUGAGAAUUACCCUAUGGAAGCUCCCCAGGUCAUAUUCUUGCAUCCGGCUCCGCUGCAUCCCCAUAUCUACAGCAACGGCCAUAUUUGUUUAGAUAUAUUGUAUGAUUCCUGGUCCCCUGCCAUGACAGUUAGUUCUAUCUGCAUCAGUAUUCUCUCGAUGCUUUCUAGCUCGACCACAAAGCAACGCCCUGAAGAUAAUGAUCGCUAUGUAAAGAACUGCAGAAAUGGCAGAUCGCCUAAGGAGACAAGGUGGUGGUUCCAUGAUGACAAAGUAUAAAAAAAAAAGUUUCUCUAUUAAGUCCACAAAAGGUAGAGUAGAGGAUUAUCCUUUUGAAAUCAAAAUGAAAUGGGAAAAUGCAUUUUGAGAAACCAGGAUUCCUUUAAAUUAAAUGGAUAAUAACUCUGCUGUAAAUUGUCAUUGCCUGGUAUUUGUAAAGGAAGGGGAAACUGUGUCUUAAGCAACUUAAGGAGCAAACAAACUCAAAACAUCGUGGUUAAUCCCUGAGGUCUUUGGAUGUGGAUAUAGAUGGUCUGGUUAACCCCGUAUUGCUGACUCGUGUUUAAUAAUUCUCUUAAGAAUUGUCCAUUAUAACUCAUAAUUCACUAUAUGCAUUUCCGACUUUCAGUAA